CCCGUGGAUUAUAGUAAUCCUGUCCACCAGAGUUGGGUAUCACACACAUGUCAUUCCAGCACAGCUGAAGAAGAAGAUGGAGGUCCCGGCUCACUGUGCUGCUGCGUUCUUCCUCCUGCUCCUUUCUCAGGCCGUGAUCACGGUUAGAUCACAGGAGGAAGAGGAGGCCGUCCAGCAGGAGGAGGAGCUGCAGGAGGAGCAGCAGCAGGUGAUGGAGACGUGGACGCGGAACGUCAAGGCCUGCACCUGUGACUGCGAGUCCGUUGAUUCGCCCACGCGCACCCCCGCUGCCAUCUCGCCCGUGCCGUCGAUGACCUCACUGCCACCACCUCAGGGUCACCCGCUGAACUGCAUGCCAGAAUGCCCGUACCACAUACCCCUGGGUUUCGAAUCGGGAUCCGUGUCCUCCGACCAGAUCAGCUGCUCCAGCCAGGACCAGUUCACCGGCUGGUACUCCUCCUGGACCCCCAGCAAGGCUCGCCUAAACAACCAAGGAUUUGGGUGUGCCUGGCUGUCCAAGUUCAACGACCAGCACCAGUGGAUCCAGAUCGACCUGAAGGAGGUCGGGGUGGUGUCAGGGAUCCUCAGCCAGGGCCGCUGCGACGCAGACGAGUGGAUCACCAAAUAUAGCAUCCAGUACCGGACCGUGGACACGCUCAACUGGAUCUACUACAAAGACCAAACAGGAAACAACAGGGUCUUCUACGGGAACUCUGACCGCUCCUCCACCGUGCAGAACCUGCUGCGGCCCCCCAUCGUAGCGCGUUACAUCCGCCUGCUGCCUCUGGGCUGGCACACCCGCAUCGCCGUCAGGAUGGAGCUGCUGAUGUGUAUGAGCAAGUGCAUCUGAAGACGAAGGGGCCCGCUCUUUCGUCCCACAUUCACUCGUUUCCUGCCAACAAGCCAAAGAAAGGAUAAAAAAAAAAGGGCCCAAAAAAAAAAAAAGAGGGCAUCGAUCCAACGCUGACACACUCAGUAUCUCACAUUUGUCCUUGAACAUUCCUGCUGGAGACAUCCACACAUUUUCAAUCACCAACGAAAUGAAGGCAGUGUUGGAUCAGUCAUUUGAGAACCCGGAGACAUGCUCACAUCUCGCUUUGGAGGAUUUAAAAACUUGAAAAAGCUUUGCAUCGUUUGAAUCAAAUGAGCUUGUUUUAUUGGAGAUUUACAGUCACAGAUGUAAAACAUGAAUAUUCUAAAGUCAUUACGCUUAUGUCGAGUUAGGGAUUCGUAUGUUCCCUGUUUGGGGGGGGAAUGAAGGAUAAAGGAAAACAAUAAUAAGCAGGUCAACACAGACUAUGCUACUAAAUCGUGUCUGUAACAAAAAGCACAAACUUAAUACUUGAUCUCAUUUAAACAGCUGAUAAAACAUUGUUCUGUUAUAAAUAUUACCAAACAAGUAGUCACACGUCAGUAUUAAUAUAAUACAUGGUGCUCCUUUGGAAAAACGAUAAAUUUCAAAGAGCGACGUACCGUGACAAGUACAGAGCGCACAGUCCGUACGGACGCACAACCCGACGCGGUCACGCCUCUGACUCGGUGUGUUACAUGCCUCGGUCCUCUCUCAAACACACACACACACAUACGCUGACACACGCACGCACACACUGUGCAUGUGAUGAAAAGGAAGCGAGGAAGAAUUUACAUGAGUCAGGACAAUAUUGCUGAGCCACGAAGACUCUUCAAGGUGCAACUGUUAAAAAAAGGGGGUUAAGACUUGUUUCUGCAGAGCUUGCUCUCUCAUGGCACUUCAUUUCCAACAAUAA